GUUACCUGGUCUCAGAAGUCUCGCACCCUCUGCUUAACAAGGAGGUGUGUGAACGUUGCUCCGUCUACGGUGUAUUACUCUCUCACUUACCAUGGCUGACAACUACAAAGAAUUCGACAAAUCUCCCAUCGUGGACGAUGCCGUGUCCAUCCAUGGCUAUUCGUUCAAGAAGCGAGAGAUUGCGUUAGGUGGAGUGGCAUUGGUGGCGCUCCUGGUCUGUGUCAUCUUGGCUGCUUUGCUCGCCUCGGCCAAAUCGGGUGGGGGAGAGGGAGGGACUGCGGCAGGUCUUGUGGCCCCCGGGGUACUGGGUGGCCAGACAGAGGGGUUGUGCCUGACCCCCACGUGCAUGAAGAGUGCGGCCUAUGCUCUUGAGAGUAUGAACAACAAGGUGGACCCCUGUGAUAACUUUUACCAAUAUGCAUGCGGGACGUGGGCCCUGAAGAACCCCCUGAAGCCAGAUGUGUCUCAGUUAACUCCUGCGUGGAACAUCUACUACAAAAAUCAGGAAAAACUGCGACGUCUGAUUGAAACCCCGAGUAGCAGGACAUCGUCUUGGGCGUCAGAAAAGAAACUGAAGGACUUCUUCGCAUCAUGCACUGACCAUUACGGUAAGAUGGGCCUGCAGGGAAACCCCUUCCUUGACCAGAUCGUGGCGAAGGCCGGCGGCUGGUACGCCAUCGGGACGUGGAAUGAGAGCACGUACGACUUUGAAGAUGCCCUAAGGAAAACUCACGUGGAUUUUUGGACUAAUGCCUUCUUUACAUUCUCUGUGAGAACAGAUUGGUUGGAUUGGAGGAAGACUGCGAUUCAGAUUGACCUGUCAGGGACUGGGCUUUCCUGGAUCUACUAUGUCCGCCCCGAAGGUGCACCGUUCAUCGUCGACUACAAGCACUUCAUGCGGACUGUCGCCGGCUUCCUCAUCCGUGAUUCUGAAGUCAACAUCACAGCAACCGAGAAAACAGAACGUCUUGACACCUUCGUCGAUGACGUGUAUCUGGUGGAAUCAACACUGGCAAAUAUCACGAGUCACUCUGACCCGUCUGAAAAUCCCCAUGACUACCAGAACCGCGUGAAACUGCGAGAUCUCAACACUAUGACAAACACUGCGAUCGACUGGGUGCAGUUCUUUACGUACAUGUUCAGUGACGCCGGCGUCAACGCCGACACAUCCGUUGUGGUCCUUGAGACGGACUAUAUCAAGGAAAUGGCAGCGUUCAUAACAAACCUCGGACAGAACAAAUCCAGGAUCCUAAACAACUACCUCGUUUGGCGACUGGCUCACAAGUACGUGCAGGAUCUGUCCUGGGACUACAUCCACGCCAACAGGGAGUUCUACGUCGCCAUGACGUCGGAGGCGGAGUUUCUGGGGACGUGGCGUUACUGCAUCGGCAUCGUUGACAGGGACAUGGGCGAGGCUAUGAGCGCCCUGUACGUGAAGGAUCACUUCUCUGAUGCCAACAGGAAUAAGUCGGCCGAGAUCGUUGACUAUUUGAAGACUGCGCUCGUUGACUCUCUGACGUCAAACAAGUGGAUGGACGAAAGGACGCGCAACAUUGCCAAGAAAAAGAUCCAGGACUCUAUGUACAAGAUGGGAUAUCCGGACUACAUGAUGUCGAACGACAAACUCGAUAAUAUCUACAUGCCAUUGACGAUAAACCGACACGACUAUUUCGCAAACCGAAUGAGCAUGAACCACUUCUACAAGGUGGACUGGAACCGGCGUCUGAAGCAUGGGACCGACACGUCGGAGUGGACAUACAACACCUACUCCGUCAUCGCCGAGUACUACAAUCCGUGGAAAGAAAUGAUAGUUCCAGCUGGUCUUCUGCAGUGGCCUCUCUAUGACCAUAAACUGCAGCAUUACAUGAACUUUGGUGCUUUGGGAAGUAUUCUGGGACACAAUCUCGUACACGCUGUGGACCAAACAGGCGCCCAGUACAAACUAGACGGCAGCCAUUUUGGAGACUGGUGGACCAACGGCACGAAGAAGGCCUACAUCGGGGUUCGUCAGUGUGUGAUUAAUGCUUACGCCAACAAGACCAUGGGACCAUUCAACCUGCCAGUUGCAAACAGACCCCUCUCGGUGCCCGUGGACGCCCCAGGAUACGCUCCCGAGGCCCUUGCUGAGACUAGCGGUGUUAGACUAGCGUACAAGGCUUUCAAGGCAUGGGAGAAAGCUAACAAGGUAGAGAGGAAAGCACCUGGUGUCUCCAGGAAUAACGACCAGAUGUUCUUUGUAGCAUACGCUCAGGCCAACUGCUUCAACCGUAAUCCGAAUGAAGCGUUUUCCCAGGCAGCUCGGGGCAUUUUGCAGGAGAACCUGAAGGUUAACAUGGCAGUGUCUCAAGUCCCAGAGUUCAGAGACGUGUUUAACUGUCCAUCAAACACCAAUAUGGUUGCGAAGAAGUCGUGUACCAUGUACUAGCGCUGACCAGGGAAUGAGUGACACGGCUGCCCCGUCUCGAGGCUGUUAUCGGUUAGCUCAGGUCGUUCCUUUUGUAAAUAGUUUUCCAUGAUUUGGAACUGAUUUUACCGUCAGGUUUGCCAGAUGGGGACAGUCUGUGAUUCCUAUCUCUGGAAAGGGAGAUGACUCUGCGUCCUGGCAGAGGCGUGGUAUUGGUGUGGUUUCAUUCUUUAUUGUUGAUACAAGAUAACUGAUGGACAUGUAAUACAUUACCAUGUACGCGAUCCGUAACAUAGACGGAACUUCCGGCCUUCUAUCAUGGUGUACAUGUGUUUGCUAACACGGUAUUCAAGGGACGUUAGUAUCUUGGUGCCUUCUUCCGCCAUGUGUCUUGAUGUUCCCGAAACUUACUCACCUUAGUGCUGUCUUCACUCAGUCCACAGUAGUUGUGAUCACUGACACCCUUUUAAUCAGGAAACCCCUAUAGAAAGGACAUUACAACGAACAGUUCACCUGGAACCUUUACUGGGAACAGCAUCCAGACUACCAGAAGGCCACUGUGUAAUCAUGUAGACAUUCCAGAGUUCCUCCACUCUGAACUUUCCCCGUGGACAAUACAGGACUGCUAUUGUAUACGCCAUGACACCCUCCGGGGACACAUGCAACAACAGCCGUUUCAACCUCCAGUCAAGUCAAAGCUUAGUAAGAGUAAAACCGGAGAUGUCUCACACAAAUGAACAUCGGCAAUAUUUCUCUUGCGACAAGUGAAACAGUCUUGAGGUCUCUACUCUAAACAUUGUUUCAAUGUCAUGCAACGGUAGGGUUCACACAACGUCUGUGCACGGAGUAUGGCUAUGCACGGACUUCCGGCAGUAACACACGGCAUAGCCUGACUGUGGACGGACCCACGUCACUGCAAGCCGCCGUAUGUCGUCCUGGGUGAUGGAAGGACGUAGUGUAUACAUACCGGUCAUUUACUGACCUUGACAUUUACCGUUUAUUGGCUGACGUUAUUAGGCACGGGUAGUCGAGGUAUGAAUGUUCGAGCUGGAGGCAUGAUUCUCCAUACACUGCAUAUCGGUGACUGGCGAAGAAGUGAUAUUCAUGUUAUGUGUAGUAAUGUUAUGGGAAUUGUAAAUACAUACAUCUAUUUUUCAUAUUCAUGUGUAUGGGCAUUUUUGAUAGAACUAUAUUUUUACACAACGGCUAUAUUUGGUAAAAGAUUAACUCAACAUCAUCCUUACUUGUUACUGGUUUCAGGUAUGACAUUCACCGCAUGACCGUGCUACUGUCUGAAACGAUAGAUUAUUCGCAAUGACCGGGCUUAUUGAUAUUGGUAACGGUACAGAGAUAUACCAAAUACUUGUAUAAGGGUAAAGACUCGGGUGUCGUCAUUCGGUCACAAGUGCCUUCUGACUGAUCGUAUAAAUGAACAUUCCAAUAUUUUCUGUGAUGAUUCCUUGGUUUCACGGUCUCGUGUAUAGUUGGUAAGAGAAACGGGUUGCUAGGCAAAUGUCGACGUUGCUUUAGGAACGUCAUAUGACGUGUGUACAAACUGCUGUCUGUGAUGUAAGGGCACCUCUAACAAAGGUCAAAAUCAUUGUCUACGUAAUGUCUUCUACAUUUACAAUAAAUAUAUUUUUUUAAUAUGAAAAUGA